AUUCUCUGGGGCUUAAGGUGUAAACACAUUCAACGCUAUAAACCUCUCGGAUACGGCUGUGCUUCACCUAAGACCUUAUCCGCUAUCAACUGUCAGCCCUCAUCCCGGAUACCCGUUUGGUAAUUUCGCUCGAAUCGCAUAUAGGCUAUGCUUUUACCAAAAUGUCCGACGUCGACGUCACCGCGGUGCACCAACGCUCGCCGCUGCGGCAUGCAUGCCCCGGGGCGUCACUUGGGAAGGCUGCUCUGUCAGUCGACACCUGAUGCUGCAAGCAACAGCUCAGGGGAAAUUGAUAAUGACAACGCGCCAAGCUCGAGCGGCGCGGCGAACGGCAGCCUAAGCUUGCCAAAGCGAGGUUACUUCUCUAUCGCCGAUACAAAGGCGGAGGUGUAUUCACGCGCUGGCGAGAAGUUCGAUCCAGCAAAGAAAGGCGGGCGCUAUAAACCAGAGUUCAUUUGGAACACGGAUUGGUCCACGGCGCUUAAGCGGGAGGAGGCGCUGCAACGCAAGGUAGAUGAGGCGCGCGCGGCACCCAAGGUCCCUUCCAGCGGAUUCCUCAGCCUCAGCCGCCUCUCGGAACUGGAUCGCGUGGACGUGGACCUUUCUGACGUGUUACGGCGCAAGCGUCAGGAUCAGGAUGCGGAUUCGAAUCCCUCUCAUGAAGCCGCAGCCCGCAGCCAGGGCCAAGCUUCCACAUCUGCCAGCACCACCCCUUCCGCCUCAGCCUCAAACAACAGCAACAGCAGCCGCAGCAGCAGUAGCAGCAACGCCGGGGCCUCGAGAUCCGUCCCCGUUUUCAGCAGAAAGGAAGCCGCCAAGCUCAGUCGCGUCAACAAGUCCAUGGCGCGAACAACCAUCACAGUAGCGAUUCCGGAGCUCGAUGCGGAAAAGGCGCGCCAAGCCGAACUGGAACGCCAACGCUACGAGCAACUCAAGCUGGAACAGCAGAUCUGGACGCUUGCCUUUUCCGCUGCCGGCUUCGCCAUGACAUACGUGUCGUACAGCAAAGACGUCGCGGUGAGCUACUGCGUCGGCGCUCUGGGCGGCUUUCUUUAUUUGCGGUUGCUCAGCAAGUCGGUGGAUGCUUUGGGGGCGGAUGGGUUGGAAUCGGGAGCGAGCGGCAUGGCAAGUCAGCCGCGGUUGUUGAUUCCGGUCAUCCUAGGUUUGGGGUACAAUCGAUGGAAUGAGCUGUACUCGGAUUCGCUGGGAGUUCAGCUGCAGCUGCUGCCGAUGCUGGUUGGCUUCUUUACGUACAAGCUGGCUGUGAUCUCGCGGCAGUACAAGGACGUCUUUGAUGGCAAGCUGUAGGCGCCUAGCAUGGCUGCGAGCCAGCCAGAAGGCUUGGGAGUUGACAAGUUAAGGCGUGAGGGAUGGGAGGAAAGACCAGCAGCGAGCUAGGAGUGCGCUUGGAAGGAAGCAUGCUCCUUUAGAAGAUGAGGUGUUUCGGGGACUACUAAAGGGUGAAGGGUGAGAAGGAGUGGGGCCGGGUCAAGGGCUGGGUGGGUCGGUGGAUGGUUGCAGAAUAGGCGUUUGUAAAUGUUCUGGGCUG